AUGUCUCCUGUAACUACACAAAUAUCUGUAAUUGAUAAAGAUAAAACUAGUCAUAAUAGAGUUAGUCGGGAUCACAGACUCAAAGACGUCUACAAUAUAAAUAAUAAAGACAUAACGUAUAAAACCGCAUAUGACCGCCUACUGCCCAAAAACGAGUCCAAAUUCCUCAGAUUAUUAAGAGCUUGGGAGAAACGUGUAGGAUUCGUAACACCCAUUCGAUGGAUAGACUGCGUAUUAAUAAUAUUAUUUCAUAUUGUUACAAUGGUUUGGUCUAUCUACACACUGAUUUAUAACAAUAAUAUUAUGUGGCAAACAAUUAUGUUUGCUUUCUUGAUGGGUCAAGUUGCCGGAUUUGGUGUAACAGCUGGAGUGCAUCGCUACUGGUGCCAUCGGUCGUACAAAGCCAAAUUGCCUCUACAAAUAAUACUGCUUUUCUGCUAUUCUCUUGCUGGACAGAAUAGUAUUUACGAUUGGGUUCGAGAUCAUCGAGUACAUCAUAAAUUUUCUGAAACAUCAGCUGAUCCGCACGAUGCACGGCGCGGUUUCUUCUUCUGUCAUGUAGGUUGGCUCAUGAUGAAGAAACACCCAGACGUGAUCGCAGAAGGCAGCAAGACUGAUAUGAGUGACAUCAGUAAUGAUCCUCUCGUAAAGUUUCACACUAAAUACUUCACUUUAUUCAAAAUAUUAAUCUGCUUAGUACUGCCAGUCCUAUUGCCAGUGUACGGAUGGAAUGAAAAAUGGGAAUUUGCGGUGUUUUCACAAUCCUUCAUACGGUAUAUGCUGACCCUCAAUUUCACGUGGUCAGUUAACAGCUUCGCCCAUAUAUGGGGAAAUAAACCUUAUGACAGAAACAUCAUGCCAGCUGAAAAUAGAGGAGUAUCAAUUGUCGCUAUGGGAGAAGGGUGGCACAAUUACCAUCACACAUUUCCAUGGGACUACAAAGCUGCUGAAUUAGCUUACUCUAUUAAUAUAACUACAAUUAUUUUAAAUUUCUUUGCGUAUAUCGGAUGGGCGUAUGACCUAAAAGUAGCGUCACCGGCUUUGAUCGACGCGGUAGCAAUAAAUAGGGGAGAUGGCAGCAGAUAUAAAAAAAAUAGUGCAGAAAAUAAAAAUAAUUGA